AUGUCGGAGUUCCACCGUGAAAUCGGUAAUAUGGCUUGGCGUAAGCAGAAUCUGAAUAGCGCAUUGGAAAUGUACAAUAUGGCUCUACGAUUUGCGAUGAAUGAUGAGCAAAAAUCGUUCGUCUACGCCAAUCGUUCAUUGAUAUGGGCAACUAAGAAAGCUCAUGUGCACGCGUUGAAGGACAUACAACGAGCGUUAAACGUGGAAUUGAGUAACUAUCCGGAACCACGUCGAUUUCGCCUAAUCCUUCGUCGUGCUCAAUGUCUGCUAGCCAUUGGAAGAAUCAAGGAGGCCAGAAUGGAUUUUCUCACAGUUAAAUUACAGGUGGAUAACUCCACUGCGGAGCGUUCAGUGUCACAAGCGAUUGAGGAUGGUCUAGCACAGUGCGAUAAAAAUGCAGCUGAACGUCGUGUCCCCGUGGAUGGCAAACUGGAUCCGCUUAAUGGUGAUUAUUGGGACAAGUUUGGUGAACUGCCGCCACAAUUGUUCUCGGUUCAACGUGAACGCCGAAAUGCGAGACGCGCUUCGAGGGCGAGGCGUUCUUUACCGUUCUCAAUCACUUACGGCGGAAAGACUCGCGGUUGGCAGUUAGUUGCAACUCGCGAUAUUCGACCGGGAGAACUUAUAUUCUUGGAGAAACCGUACGCGGUAGUUUACGAACCUGGUUUCCUCGAAAUGAAUUGCGCCCAAUGCGAACGAAUACCCAUAAACCCAAUUCCAUGUCGUGCUUGUUCAAGAAACUCUGGCUCAAAGAAAGAAGGGAACAACAGACCUAGAAUCGGGAACAAGAACGAACCUGCCGUACAUCAAGGACGUUUCGGAAAUGACGGCAAAACCGCUGAGAUCAUAUGGAAUCAAAGUAGCUCACAAACCGAUCGCCUGUCUAAGGGGACUUCUGUUAAAACCCAAGGAGAGAACAAUGGAGAAGGACAAGAGCAGUGUCAUUUACAAAAUAAACUACCAGAAAUGUUCAAAACACUAUAUCAGACAAACUGGGAGAAAACUGUUCACAAGGAUUCUUGGACACCAAUCGGCAGUCAGGAGACAUGA